AUGCUCUGUGGGAAUGCAAAGCCAAUUUGCCAUGAUCGUAUCGUCAUUCUCGAUCUGGAAGAAGUGGGCUUUCAUGUUGAAAAUCCAUGCUGGGGACGGAGCAUCAAUUCUGGCAACGUGGAGUACCUGUUGAGCAGAUACAGAUAUAUGAGAAAUCCAGGUCGCCCUCGGUCACCGCUGGAUGUUUCAAGAAUCCGUUUGAAGGGGACUUAUGUAUCGAGCAUGACUCUGAUUAUCUUUCUUUGA